UAAUCGAAAGAUAGAUGUCGCUCAUUUCUCAACAAUUAAUUAUCCAAAAACCAUUAAAAUAAACGUCAAUCUGUUUCAUUAUUAUUAUUAUUGCUUAUUAUUAUCGAAUUGAGCCCAUUAUUAUCAAUUGUAAUUAAUCGGAUUUUUACGAUAUUUUCUAGAAUUUCCCAACGGAGAUAAGAUAACGAUUCAAUCCGGGUUAAAAAAAUUAAAUUUGAGGUUAGUUUUGUAAUAAAAACGUUUUUAAAAGGAUGGGGAACGAACAAUCGUUGAGUUCUUCAACAGAAAUUAAUCAUAAAGCCAUUGAAGUAACGGAUUUUUACACACAUCAUUCGGCGAGCGUUAAUUUUGGAAAUGUUAAUAAUUUGUCUGUGUUUAUCGGUGAAGAAGUUUUAGAUGGAUCUAUAUGGAUUAAACAAACUCCUUUAGAGAAAUCUAGCAAGAAUUUAAUGGUUUAUAGGCAUCCGUGUAUUUUAAAAUAUUUUUCAUCUUGGGAAAAAGGAUCGAAAUUUCAUUUAGCAGUUGAAGAUGUAAAACCACUUUCGCUGGUUUUAUCGACGUUGAAUAAUUUACAAAUUUGUAUUGGUUUAUAUUCGAUAUUAAAAGCGUUAUAUUUUUUGCAUAACAUUGCUGAAGUCUCACAUAACAACGUUUGUUUGGCUUCCAUUUAUAUUGCUAAAGAUGGUAACUGGAAAUUAGGUGGAAUGGAAUAUUUAUGUAAAUUUAAAGAAAUGACAUUGGAUUAUAUGGGUAAAACGAAAAAAUAUCGAUACAAUAAAGGCAUAGAUCCAAACGAAAUGAAAUAUUUGGGAGAAAAGAAACUUGAAAGACGCGAUUUUGUCGAUUUAUAUAGCUUUAGUGUGUUAGUUUGGGAUGUUUUAAAAAAAAAUGAUGAAAUCCCGUUUUUGGGGGAGUUUUUGGAGUUGUGUCGGAAUGAUUUGCAAAAUUCCAAUAUUAAUUUGCGACCUAAAUUUGAUACUUUGUUGGAGCAUGACUUUUUUAAUCACGAUUUUAUCAAAAUUCAUUGCUUUUUAACUGAAUUACCUUUAAAGUCCGAUAUAGAAAAGAACGAAUUUUUUACAACUUUAAUUGGGAAAUUACGAAAUUUUGAUGAAUUAAUAAUCGCAAGCCAAUUAACUAAUCUUUUAUUAUCAAGGAUGGUUUUAUUAAAUAAAACAGCCCAAACGAACGUUAUUCCAUUUUUACUUUCCCCAAAAGAAGAAUUAGACACAGAAGAUGAAAAUCUUGGUUUAUUCACAACAGACACUUUUAAAAAGUAUGUCAUUCCAAAACUCUUAGAAAUAUUUUGCGUCCGAGACGCCCAAAUUCGUUUAUUACUCUUAGAACAUUUAAAUCAUUACAUAAACUGUUUUCAAAUACAAGAAUUACAAUCGAACAUAUUACCAGAGUUAUUAGUAGGUGUUAAAGACACAAACGACCAAUUAGUGGCGAUUACAUUAAGAGCUUUAGCUGAUCUCGUCCCAAUUCUUGGCGCAGAAACUGUUAUUGGUGGAAAACGAGCUAAAUUAUUUAACGACGGUCGACCAAUUCAACAUUUAACAAGAAAACAACGUAAAUCAAUAAGAAAAAACGAUCUAAAUACUCCUUCAAAUGUUUGUAUUGAAAAAGAUCUUUUAGAAAACAGAGAUAUUUUACAAGAUUUACCAGAAAGGCCGUCACCGGACGGCGAAGAAGGUGAAACUUCGACGGAAGAUUUAGAAGAGGAAGAUAAUUGGGAAGAUUGGGAUUUAAAUGAAGCCCAAAGAGAAAUCACAAAAGAUAAUUUAGAAACUUCAAUAAACGCCGAAAUGAGUUCUAUGAGUUUGGGUGUUAAUCGAAAGAACUCCAAAAAAGAUUUACCCGAUAUUUUAGAAUUAGACAUUAAGAAUCAGAAGAAUAAAACCGAUUUAGAUGAUAUUGAUUUUUUUCAAGAUAUGGAACCAGUUAUUGAAGUCAAUAAAUUUAAUGUCGAAGCGAAAGAUGUCGAUGUAAGGAAAUUUGGGGUUGUUAAUGAAGAUAAAGAGGAAGGCUGGGGUGAUGACGAUUGGUAAUCUUUUCUAAUUGGAAAUCAUCUCGAAUUGUAAAUAAUUUUUUCAAAAAAUAAGUAAUAAAUUCAUUUAAUAACAAUAA